GUUAUAAAAUAAAAAAACAUUAUUUUAUUCGUUUGGACAGAGGGAUAUUUCAUAACAAAUGGAUUCUUUUUAUGACAUGCCUAGAAAAGCCCCUACACCAACAAAUAUUGAAAAGUGCUUAAUAGGACCCACUGUUCCUGAAAUUUCGAUGGUCUGCACUCCUAGUGCUUCGUCUAAGGAUUUUGAUACAUACAAUGCAUGGAAAAAUAGUCAACAAAAUUCAUCACAGGGAACUAAUAUAUUGACAUCUACAGCAGAUAAUUUCAGCUUUCCUCGCAAAGGACCAUUUUUCAUUGGUCAAAAUCAACAACUGAAGGGUUCUCAAGACUCUUCACAAUUUUUAAAAAAACAAGUCAGAUUCGAAAGCCCACCAUUACAGCAAAGACCAUCCCUCUCUUAUGAACCAUUUGUGUCGAGGAAAGAGCUUCAGAACCAACAAAAUAAAUGUUUUAUGGAUUCUGUAAAAAACGGACAACAAAAGUUGUGUGCCGGCACUCCUAAUGCUUUUGAACAAAUUUAUAUGGCGAACGUACCUAGCAGACAACUCGAUUUGAGUAUCAUUGAAUUGCCAUCUUUUCCAAAAAAAAAAGACGAAAUAGUGGAGAGGGAAACACAAGCCGAGCAACAAAUUUCUUGUCAUGAUUGUAAUGAAACAGUUGAUGGAAAUGUUAACUUUGAUAAGAAUAAAGAAAAUGAGUUACCUAAAACAUACAAGGACUUUUUAAAACUGCAGAAACAUUCAACAAAGGAAAGGUAUUGUCCUAAUGAUUCUGUAACAGAUAUUUUCAACUAUAAACGAAAUCAAUAUUCAAAUAUGUUGAAGGAGACUGAAAUUUUUAAGAAUACUACAAACUUACAAGAAGUACAAGAUAAAAAAUUGGAUAAUGUUGAGAAUAUGAAUUAUCGUGAGAAAAUGUAUAAAAACCAAUUUAGGGACCACUACUGGUUAACAGAAAGUGACAGAACUAGAAAAGCUAUCGAACAGGUACCUGAAUAUCAAAAUCAAGAAAUGAAAAAUAUCAACUUUCCUAAUGUAUAUAAUUCCACAAAUCAGCGGUAUGAUAGAGGGAAUGAUACUGAAACACAAACUGAUAAUUCAUGUGAACUUCAGACAACUUCUGUUUCAAAAGUCAGUAAUGACUCCGAACCCAGCACUAAAGACCUAUUGAAAAUCAUUGCUCAACAAAAUGAACAGCUUCUGCUUUUACAGAGUCAAGUUGCUUUGCUCUUAAACAGGGAUCAAAAUCAAACGAAACCAAUUGAAGAUGUUCGUCAAAAGGUUGACUAUGUUGGGGAAAAAUGUGUAACCAGUACACAAAAUGAACCUUUUAGACAAGAAAACUACUGCAGUCCCAGAAAACGCGGAUUGUCUAAAUUUUCAAUUGAUUUGAUGACCAGUUUUGAAGUGGCAAUAAGACCCCAACAAAAGCAAAAUUUUAUCAAUUGUGAACCUAAAAUACAGGAAAUUACAGAAUCUGAUAAUGGAACUAGUAAUAGAGAAAUAGAAAAAAAUGAUAAAAAUAUGUAUCGAUCUUUGCAUCUAGGAGAACCUGUUGUAGUACAAGAGUCUUGCCCUAGCCCUGAGCCUAGCAUAAAUAUAAACAUGAAUGACUAUGAUAGUUCUGACGAUGAAGUGUCUGCUUCUGAAAUAAGUGCCACGUUUUACAACAACCUAAUGGAUCAAGUGAAUAACAUUUUAAAAAAAGCCCAGAUUGAAACAAGAGAUGACUUAGUUUACAAACAAGAAAUGAAAAGUGAUAGGAAUGCAAUUAAAAACAAUAGAACUAUUCAUAGAGUUAGAGAGGCGACCCUUAAGCACUUAAAAAAUAUUGGUGUUACCAUAGGGCCAAUGGAUGACUUUGAGAGUUCUACAAGUGUAGAACACGAUGAAAAAAACUACAAUCCCACUGAAAUCAGUUUUGCUGUCAAACAAUUACUAAUGAAAUAUUUACCAGAUGAUCAACUUGCUAGAUUAUCACACAAACAAGAAAAAUCUCCAGAAAAUGAUAAACAACAUGGAAUUAUGACUGCUCGUCCAGAAUUUUCAUUAGCUAGUGUUCAGUACAUGAAAAAGUAUAAUCUUAUUCAAUCUGAAGAUUUUUCGUCUGAAGUUUAUAUUGAGGCCACCUGCAAGAGGUAUGGAUGCAGCUGAUUAACGGAAAAACAC